CGCGCCAUCGAGACGCGUCUCAAUUAAGCCCAAGAGGGAACCCCACCAUGAAUUGGGCCAAACCGUCAGUUGAACAUUGACAGUGUCGUCGCCGUGAGCAAGCAGAAAUACAUCCUCAAGGCCAGUAUCGAUCUGAUCUUCAAGAGAUAGUCUCGCAGAGAUCAGCCUGACGAAAGGCCGACUGCCCUCUCUGAUAGAUCGUCUCCGCCAGGGCGUCGCGUGCAGACCAAACAUCAAAUAUCACCCUCGCACACCAAAACCCCCUCCCCACAUUCAUUCCUUCGCCCCCGGAGGACAUCGAAGGAAAACGCAAACCCAAGACAGACGGAGAGAAGCACAAUGGAGCCGAUAUCGACACCGCGCGUCUCGUGCCGCCACCUGGACACCUUUGUUGGCAAGAACGUCCUCGUGGUGGGGCAGGUCAUCCAGCUCCGCGGCGAGACGGCCCUGCUGGAGACGGACGGGCAGGUCACCUGCUUGCUGAACCGGGAAGCGCAUCUCACUCCGGGUAACUAUGCCCAAGUCAUCGGCAAGGUAAACCCGGACCUGUCAGUCAAGGUGCUCAACUCGCUCGACCUGGGAACCAACGUCGAUGCCAACGGAGUUCAGAGCGUGAUUGAUGUCACGCAUCGGUAUCCCGACCUGUUCAUGUUCCGAGGUUGAGAUGGCAAUUUGCCAUUUUGGGGUUAAAGGGCAGGCGGCUGGGGGUGGGAAGAGCACGUCUGCUCGUCGAUGCUGAUGGAUGCCCACCAGCGGACUUUGACGAGGGAAAAGAGAACAGAGCCAUGCCCGUCUUCUGGCCUAAGGUGCUCGGUCGGUCACGAGCUAAGCUUGUGGAGGAGCUCUGCCGAAAUAUACAGCACUUCCAGUGCAAAUACACUCUAGCUCCCUUUUACAAUAGUGAAGCAGCACUUUUUCGAGAGUAAAGAUAUGGUCGCAUGGUUUCGUUUCGC